GAAUUUGUCAAUAGCCCCUUAAUAUUCAGAUUUUUUAAAAAGAAAUUCAAGUUCAUAGAAAUGUAUAGCAACAUUUUUAAACAUUUAUUGUACAAUUGUAAAAUAAUGUUUUUAAAGAAAAUCAAAGACUGUUCAAGGCCAUAUGUAAGUGGCUUGCUAUCACUGUAUCACAUACACAUCAUCACUGCUGCUCUAUGCACUCUUGUACUGACACCGCCUUCAUUCAUGAUUGACGUCAUGGUAUUCUCUGUCAGCGUUUCAUUUAUUUUUAUGUUUGUCACAAAUUUCGCUUGCAUUCCUUCACUUUUAAAGACUUUUUUUUUUUUUUCCUAUUUUGUGCCAUUGAGAUAA